GAUGGCCGCCACAACCGCCGCCGACGCAUUCCCCUCCACCGUCUCCUCAGACUCGGACUCCGACGACCUACUUCUCCCGAACCUCCUCCCCUCCACCACCACCGCACCCGCACCCUCCUCCCCAUCGCGCGAGCAGCUCCACCACUUCCAAAUCCCCUCCCUCCCGUCCCCCAUCACCGUCCGCGCGCUCCCGUCACGGGGCCUCUCGUUUCAGCUCUGGCCCUCGGCCUCCACCCUCCUGCGAGUCCUCCCUGCCACCCCGUGCCUCCUCCCGCGCCCGCCCGCGCUGGGGAGCCCGCUCAGCGUCCUCGAGCUCGGCUCCGGCACCGGCGCCGCGGGGCUCGCCCUGGCCGCGGCGCUCCCGGCGCGCACCGUCCUCUCCGACCUCCCCGACGCGCUCCCCAACCUCCGCCACAACGUCGAACUCAACGAGCACCUCCUCGGCUCCGCCGGUGGCGCGGCCUCCGUCGUGCCGCUCCGAUGGGGCGACGCCUCCGCGAUGGCGGACGUGGCCGUGGCGCAGACGGCGUCCCCGUUCGACCUCGUCGUGGCGUCGGACGUGGUGUACUACGAGGAGUUGGUGGACCCCUUGAUAGAGACGCUGCGGUUCUUUGUGAAGGGGGAGGUGGCAUUCGUGAUGGCGCACAUGAGGCGGUGGAAGCGCACGGACAAGAAGUUCUUCGGCAGGGCGAGAAAGCUGUUCGACGUUGAGGUGGUUCACGAGGAUCCACCGCUCGAGGGCUGGCGCCACGGGCCGGUGGUUUACCGGUUCACCGCCAAGAAGCAGCACGGCAAGAAGUGAAGAAACUACCUUAAGGUAAAGGCUGCUUGCUUGCCUAUCUGCAUGUGUUCAUGUUGCAGCGCUGCUGCUGCUGCUGUUUGUCCUCGUUUGUUGCGUGCUAGAUUCCAAUGUUGGAAACAGAAAGUAGUUCCUUGGAACAAUGUGCAACUCUGGACCAAAACUGGGUUGAAUUUGCAGGCAUAUUGAUUUACAUUGUAUCGGUGAGGUUUUGCUCUGGUUUACUAUAUACUAUCUAGUUUGAUGAGUUCAAUGUAAGUGUCAUAUUACAUUUUUCGAAUUGAGGAAUCUUUAUUCUUCUC